AUGGCGGGUGGCGUGGAUCCCGCUUUCUGGGGCGGCCACCGCGACUUCUCAUCCGACUCCACUUCGCCCAUAUCAUCAUCGCUCCGACUUCACAUGUCGCCUUCUACCAGUGUUACCACGCAAAGUAGCGUCAAUGGCGGCACUCCGCCUGCACAGACGCCCCAGUCUGAUGGUGGGAGAGGGAACUCACAGCCUGCACCGAAGAACAGCCAGAGGCAAUCAAACAACGAACAAACAAGGGCCUCAGUCGCAGUCGCGUGUGUUCCGUGCCGGAGCAGACAUCUUAAAUGCGACGGUGGAGUACGGUGUUCCCGAUGUAGGACCGAUAAUGUGGAAUGUACCUACAUUAAGUCACGACGCGGCUGGAAGGGGAAGCGCAAGAACAAGGACGAGAAUGGCGCGCCGGCGACGGUCAACGGUCUAUCUGUUUCCGAGGCUCCAGUCAUCCAUGCGGGUGCUGGCCUUCCAUCACCCGAGUACUCUUAUAACGGCGACCUGAAUCAACUCUCCCCGACUCAUGGCCUUGGCGUCCGUCCAGUAGCGCCACCAGUUGCUCAACUCAACCUGAACGGAACUGCACGCCUGAACCGCUUUGGUCACCAUGGUCCGGAGACUGCGGUUCAAGCUUUUUACCAUUACUUUUACAACUCACAUCCCUUCUGCCUGCCCGAGGUGAGGUUAGCGGAUCUCUUCAAGCAGAGACAUGCCCCGCUCCUGGAAUAUGCCAUCCAAUUCAUCGGGUCAAGUUACAUACCCUCGGUACCAACUGCAAUGUACAAGGAAGCUUUGGACCGCCAGAUCAACAACGGUAACUUUCCAAGGGAUGCGUGGUCGGUCCAAGCUCUGCUCCUCUUCUCCAUUGGUCUCCAUGCGCAUAACGAGGUGCCUCGAGCCGCACAAGUCUUUGCCAUAGCUCAGAACCUGACCCUGGAGAUUGGUCUUAACCGGAUUGAGUUUGCCCUGAUGCACGGUGAGAACGACCCGCAGCUAGAAGAGAGCUGGCGGAGAACGUGGUGGUCCAUGUUCACGGCCAAUGGCAUGAUGACAGCCGUCAACCCAGGUGUGCAGUUCAGACUAAAGGAUGUCGUGUCUGAUGUUCCGCUUCCAUGCGAGAACAGCCAGUAUUUCUCAGGUCAAAUACCGUACCCAUCAACACUCCAAGACUAUGACGAUUCCGCUUUUCUCCCCUCACUCGUCACCUUCAGCUCCUUCACCUACCUCAUUGACGCCAUCCGGAUCUUGGGCAAAGUCUUCGAAUGCGCGCGUCUCGACUCGACGUUUGAAUACCAUGCCGUCGAUGUGGUGGACCAGUACCUAUGCAACUGGCGGUUGCACCUCCCGACGUCCAAGAUGGACAUUGUGAAUAACGAUGGUCAUGUCGACGAGGUGCUUUUUCAAGCACACAUGGUCAAUGCUGGCAGCACCAUCAUGCUGCAUAGACCAAGAAGUAGUCUGGGCUUUGGACGAGUUGAAGGUGUAAACAUUUGUGUGCAACCAGGACAGGUACUCCUCCCAACGCAAACACGGGAGAUCCACACGGCAAAGUGCUUGACGGCUGCUGAAAACAUAUCCUCCCUCAUCCGACUACCCGGACAACUACUCUUCCACACGCCCUUCUUCACCUGCGUCGUCGUCAUGGCAUCGGUUGUGCAUCUUUCCUAUUGGUCUUUCCUCGUCCCCGACGGCCAAGACGACAUCAUAAAGCAAUCGAUUCGUCUCGAUGUUGGUACCCUGCAACAAUACUCCAACACCUGGCUCAUUGCCAAUGUUGUCCUCGGUCAGGUCCGCGGUGUAGCCCACACGCUCUUCAACAGCAAGAAGGCGAUGAGCAUCCAUCUGUGGAGCAACAUCGACCAACACGACGUUAUCCGGAACGUCAUCGAGGAGGGAAGCCAUGUCCCACAGCAGCAAUAUGCUCAGCUGAUCGCUCCCAUGCUGAAAUCUUAA